UAAACGGCGUGUGAUUGGUUGAUAUCGGAGGGUCGCCGCGUUUGAACGUAUCUGAAAGAAUGGCAUCGCAAAACGUGAAUCCUAUGACUUCGGGAGACAGCGCGAGUCGAAAGACGUCGGAAUCUUACGAGACGGCUCGAAAAGACACGCAUUCCGUGACGAAAAGACUAAAGCAAGAGCUGAUGUCGUUAAUGUUGUCGGCAGAUCAGUCAGUGUCGGCGUUCCCGGAUGGUGAUAAUUUGUUUCACUGGAUAGGAACAAUCACGGGACCGAGCGGAACUGUGUAUGAAGGUUUGCAAUACAAGCUCUCGCUUACGUUCCCUAGCAGUUAUCCGUACACGGCGCCGACUGUCAAAUUUGAAACGCCCUGUUACCAUCCGAAUGUUGAUCAGCAUGGCAACAUAUGUCUAGAUACUUUGAAGGAAAAAUGGACUGCAUUGUUGGAGGUGAGGACAAUUCUUCUGUCAAUUCAGAGUUUGCUAGGAGAACCAAACGUUGACAGUCCUCUUAACACUCAUGCUGCUCGGUUGUGGUCAGACCAGCAAGCAUACAAGACUGUUCUACUCGACAAGUACGAGAAAGAGGUGAAAGCGAAGACCAUCUGAUGACGUCACAAUUAUUAUAUUAGUGCUCAUGCAUUGCACAUAAACACGUUGCUAGCUAAUGUGUAGUUUGUAUUACAGAACAUGUUAUCAAGUUGA